AUGGACUUGGUUGCGAGUGUGCGCAAAGAAGGCAGCCGCGGCGGCCGCGCCGACUUCAAAUGGUCCGACGUCCAACAAUCCACACAUCGCGAAAACUACCUAGGCCAUUCAGUCAUGGCUCCGGUCGGCCGAUGGCAACAAGGAAAAGAUCUACAAUGGUACGCCCGUGCCGACGAAACCGACGAGGAUAGAGCCAAACGGGAACGCGAGGAGAUUAAACGCGUCAAGGAAGCAGAAGAGGAGGCCAUGGCACGUGCAUUAGGUCUCCCUCUACCACCAAAAAGCGACGAAAACGCGAACAUGGUACCGCUUGGUGGGAAGGAG